AGCUACCCAGUUUUCUCUCACUCUGUAUUUGUCUUCUAAUGCCGCAUCCUUAGUUCCUUACACAGUCCACUAGAUCCAGUGAGUGUUGUGCGCUUGUGCGAGGGCUGAGUGGAGGAGAAAAGCUGAGCCAUGAGUAAGCCUCACCGGCCGUCCGGCCGCACCAACCUUGCUUCCUGUAUAGUCGCCACCAUCUUCUUGAUCUUCCUGGUCAUGGUCCUCCUCAUUGUUUACUUCAUGGUGUUUAAACCUCAGGAUCCCAAGAUUUCCGUCAGCGCCAUCCAGCUUCCAUCGUUCUCCGUCUCCAAUGCCUCCGUUAACUUCACUUUCUCACAAUACGCCUCCGUCCGAAAUCCCAACCGAGCCUCCUUUUCCCACUACGAUAGCUCCCUCCAGCUUCUCUACGCCGGGAACCAAAUCGGCUUCAUGUUCAUUCCCGCCGGCAAGAUCGAAGCGGGGAGAACCAUCUUCAUGGCCGCCUCGUUCGCCGUCCAGUCUUUUCCCCUCUCUACUCCGUCGAGCAUGGGCUUCCCAACUAUGCCGCCGGGGCUUAAUGGGCCGAGGAUCGGGCCCACCAUGGAGAUCGAAUCCAGGAUGGAGAUAUCCGGACGAGUCAGGGUGCUGCACUUCUUCAGCCAUCACGUGGAAGCUAAAGCCGAUUGCAGGGUCGCCGUCUCUCUCAGCGACGGAUCUGUGUUAGGUUUUCACUGCUAAUUCUUUCUCUAGUUCAGUUCUGGUAACUUUUAGCUAGCUCUUUUAAUUCUUAGUCUUUGGGCAACAAUUGCCGAUUUGGUGUCUCUCAAGUGUAUAAUGCGAGGUAACGGCAUGAAAUUGUAAAAAUCAUAAUAUUUUUUUCUCAUA